GUGCGGAAGGGGCCAUACAAAGGCUAUCCACCUGCUGGAUAAUAGUGACCGUGGGAUAACUGGAAAAACCACUGAAUUUUUAUUCGAAGUACUCAAGUCAAAGACAUAGUGGAAGCUGGGCCAUCUCUUCUGUUGUAACCUUACGUGCUUUGUCCAGUUUUAUGUCCUGUUUUAACACCCACUCUGUCCUGUAUUUUGUUUUAUUGACAUGCCUAAUAAAGGUCAGUUGAAGCUGAAUAGUCUGUACUGGGCCGUGACAUUUCCAGGUUUAUUUUCCUGCAAUCGAGCGUCCCAUCUAGAGCCCCUGCAUACCUUUCCCAACUGCUCUGGUUCAGGAACGUGCAGGGAAAGCUGGCUGUGAGUUGCUGAUGCUGGUGUCAUCUCUUUAUAACUUUGUGCCCCUCCUUCUUGCCUCCCCCCCCCCCCCAGUUAUUCCUAGACAUGGCUUACAGAGUCUUGGGAAAGUUGCAGCUGCCCGGCGCAUGCCACCUCCUGCCAACUUGCCAAGUUUGAAGUCUGAGAACAAAGGAAACGACCCCAAUAUCAUCAUCGUACCCAAAGACGGGACAGGAUGGGCAAACAAGCAGGAUCCACCAGACCAAAAGAGUUCCAGUGCAACGGCUGCACAGCCGCAGGAGUCGCUGCCGCAGCAGGGUUUGCUGAAAUCUGUCUCCAGUUUACAGAAGCUGACCCAGUCAAUCAGUCAGGAGAGUACAAAUUCAGUGCACGGUGGACCAAAGUCAUGGGCACAGCUGAAUGGAAAGCCAGCCAGACCAGAAGGUGGUUCAAGGGCCUCAAACCGACUGUUAUCCUUCUCUCCCGAGGAAUUUCCAACGCUGAAAGCAGCUGGCGAGCAGGACAAGGCUGGCAAAGAAAAGGGCGCCUUAGAUCCGUCGUAUGGGCCCGGACCAAGCCUCCGCCCCCAGAAUGUCACGAGUUGGAGGGAGGGCGGUGGGAGGAACGUCACCUCUGCCACAUCUCUGACCGCCUCCCUGACUGAGCCGGACAGCAAGACCUCUAGUGCGGGAGACGGAGCCCCCUCCUCAGCGAACACCAGCGACCCUAAGGAGCCCUCUCUUCACCCGACUCAGCCUAUCCGCAAAGGGGCUUCGCAGUUCAUGGGAAAUGUCUACCAGCCGCCAACGUACCAUGACAUGCUACCAGCUUUUAUGUGUUCACACCAGCCCUCUGAGACCCCUGCGCACUUGGAUCGCGGGUCGUUUCCCCUCCCACAGUUUCGCCUGGAGCCCCGUGUCCCUUUCAGACAACACCAGAUCAGCGACCAAGACGGGAAAGAGAACAGGACUUGGGCCCUUUAUACUCAGCCUUCACUCGUCCUGGUCCGGCCGCAAGUGGAGCGGGCCCCCCGGCCCACCAUCAUCAACGCAGAGAACCUGAAAGGGUUGGAUGCCCUUGACAACGAUGCUGACGAUGGCUGGGCAGGCAUCCAUGAUGAAGUGGACUAUUCUGAGAAACUGAAGUUCAGUGAAGAUGAGGAGGAGGAAGAAACCCACAAGGAUGGAAGGCAGAAGUGGAGCAGCUGGGACCUUCGGAGGCAGCGGCAGCUCUCCCUGAGCUCAGCCGACAGCGCAGAUGCCAAACACCCCCUGGAGGAAGGAAAGCACUGGGGGCUUACUCCAGCUGGUUUGGCCUUCGGCACAGUCCCUGAAAGGUGCUACCCACCAUUUCAUUUUCCUCCCCUGCACUUGCUUUGCCUUUCUUGCCAGAAGCCUCGGCCACAAGGCCUGAGGCAGCAGUCUUCUGAGGAUAAGGAAGAGAAGCUUCCCCUGAGGCAGAAGUUCAUCCACUCCGAGAUGUCGGAGGCUGUGGAGCGGGCCAGGAGGCGGCGUGAGGAGGAGGAGCGGGCCCGGGAGGUGAGCGCACUUCAAGUGCUUGCCAAACUGAAAGAGUUGGACUAGAAGUGCUGGCUCAGUUUUAAAGCGGGAGAAGGCCCCAAGCACGCGGAGACCGAAGAGUCCAGACCCUCCGGGGCGGAGAAGAACGCUGCACCUGAAACCAGCCACAUGGCUCGAAGGGCCAAUCCUGACUUUCACGGCCAGGAGCCCACAUCUAGCUACGUGGAAGAGAACCCCCUGGCAUCUGCGGCUCAUCGAAGCAGCAGUGAAGAGGAGCUCCGGGAGGCGACUUCUCCCAGCCAAGACUUCAGCAAGUAUUCCAAAUCUCUCCCGCCGCGGUUCCAGCGGCAGCAGCAGCAGCAGCAGCAGCAAGAUCACUUGUACAAGAUGCAGGGCUGGCAGCAGUCGCAGGUCUACCCACCGUCCUCCCACCCGCAGCGAACCUUCUACCCACCACACCCGCAAAUGCUGGGCUUUGAUCCCCGCUGGAUGAUGAUGCCUUCUUACAUGGAUCCUCGAGUGACUCAGAGCCGCCCCCCGGUGGAUUUCUACCCCUCUGCCCUCCAUCCAUCAGGGAUUAUGAAACCUGUCAUUCAACAGGACUCCAUCAACGGGACUGCCUGUCAGUCGGAAGAGCAGAGCUGCCAGUCGUCAGUCCAACAGGAGAGGAAAACUGUUCCUGGGGAGUCUGUCCCCGUGUGGGGUCAGGAGAGCUUCACUCCCUUGCAAAGCAAAGGCUGCCCCAUUUCACGCCCCAAACAGACAGAGGGCAUGUCCAGGGAGGGUCUGCGAGCCAGGAACGACAGCACUUACCCAGCGCCGUCUGCCCUAAACACCCAGCAAGAUCUCUUUGAGGAGUCUGGGGAUGACUAUCUGAAUGCCUUUGAGGAGAAGGCCCAAGCCAACUUUGACAGUCGUAUCGCCUCCUCCCAGCGGAUGAACCAGGAUCGCCUCUUCCAGAGCCAGGAGAGUACCUCAGACGCUCGCAUGUCUGACUCCCGCCAUUUGAACCUGAGGAAUUCCCCCUUUGAGCCCAGCCUGGCCCCUGCUGAGAAGAAAGCAGAGUACAACGGCUGGGACGUCAGCCAUUUUCAGAAACCCACGGAUGGGACGGCUUCUGCACGGGAGGAGGAGGGGUCCAGAGAUGAGCAACCAUUCAGUACUGAGGCGUGGAGGAAAGAAGGAGCGACCGCCAAGCAAGCUGCCGCUGAGGCGGGAUGGGCUCCCGAGAACCGGAACGGUAGCCACCAGCAGCAGGAGCCAAUGGGAAGGGCUCGUCGAUCAGGCCCGAUCAAGAAGCCAGUGCUGAAAGCCCUCAAAGUUGAAGAGAAGGAGAAGGAGCUAGAGAAGGUUAAAGUCGAUGUGGAAGAAGCCUCUCGAUUGGCUAAGGACAAGGCCCCGCCUCAGAAGACACCUGAGAUCGACGACAGUCAUUCGGAAGCUUUGCUGCAGUCCGCUCGCUACCGUUUGCUAGACGACAAGAGCUCUUCGCGGGCCCCUGUCCGAGAAGCCGAGAAACCCCAGGAAGAGGAGGAGCAACAGCCGCAGGAGGAGGAAGAGGAGGAGGAGGAGGAAGAGGAAGAGGAGAAAAAUGAAAAGGCCUGGGAGGGCAGACAUCCAGCACGGGAGUCCAGUGACUUGCCCCCCACCAAAAGGAACAACUGGAUCUUCAUUGACGAGGAGCAGGCUUUUGGCGGGAGGGGUCGUGGCCGUGGCCGAGGUUUACGAGAGUUCACAUUCAGAGGUCACAGCGGCGCUGUGGGUUGUGCUGGUGGCGGCAGCGGCAGAGCAGCCUACAAUAAUAGCGUGGUCAACAACACCCAAAGAAAUGGCAGAGGGCGGGCCUUGAAGGAGUUCAAUCCGCCGGAAGAGUUUCCUCGAGGGAAGCCCCGCCCCCUCCCGGGCGCCGGAUCACGCCAGCGCAGACUCUACAGCUUAAGGCUCCUUUGAAGCACGGAGGAGCUCCCUGCCGGGCGACAAGGCCAGAGGGGCUCCGAGAACAGCAACGAAGGUUCCCUCGCGGAAAGGGAGGAGAGCGAUCUCAGGAAGGGAGAUUUCCAGGACUCCUGGCGGUCUAAUAAGAUCUAUUCAGAUGACCAUGCUGGUUUGGAUGCGAAGACGAGGGCCCCGCGAGCUUUCGGCCGGUCACUGCCGCCUAGACUGAGCAAUUCUGGAUAUGGGCGAAGAGGCUUUGUUUCCAAGGAGCCGCUGCAGUGGCAAGGGAGGAACGGGGGCAGCACGUGGCAGGAGUACGGCCGUGGCGCUCCUCUGGACACCUUCGGGGUUAGGCGCCCACCCGACAGGGACUACGGGCAAGACUCUUAUAAGCACUCAGACUCCUUUGGCAGGCGGGCCUUUGAGGAGGAUCCCAUUGAUCAGAGGCACUACUUCCAGGAGGAUUGUGGGGGCGACCUCGAAAACGCCGAGAAUCGCCCCUUCCGUCGGAGGCGUCCGCCUCGCCAAGACAAACCCCCCCGGUUCCGGCGCUUGAGGCAGGAGCGCGAGUCUGUCGGGCAGUGGAGCCCCGAGGAUGGCGGAACCAGCCUCUUAGCUUGCCAGUGGCCCAGCAGGUCCAAGCUGAACGUGACAGACAGGAACGGCACGGCCAUCCGAUCCCCGGAACUGCCCUGCCAGAACUCCUCCGACCACGCCAACGAGGAGUGGGAGACGGCCUCAGAAAGCAGCGACUUCAGGGAGAGACGGGAGGGCGUCUCAGAGAACGACGCCCAGCUGGAUUGCGGCCUUGUCGGCGGCAGCUUGGGGGAGAAGAGGGAGCAGGCCAAGAGGAGCUUUUCCAGCCAGAGACCGCUGGUGGACCGGCAGAGCAGGAAGGCUGAUCCAGCGGGAUACGGCGAGAAAGGAGGAAGACCUAGCGGAAGUGGGACCACCUCCCGCUAUGACAACCAGUCCAGUGGGCCACAGAUGAAAAACAAAAGAUCUCCGGAAGAAGGCGGAGGCCUGGAUACCAGCAGCCCCUUGGUCUACGGCUCCCACGCUAACUUGAACGGCGCCGAAGGACUGGGGAAGAAGCCCGAGAGGGAACCGAAAGCUGCCACCCAGCAAGGGGGCGAGAAAGGAGAGGUCAUCUCUCAGUUUGAGCUGAAGUAUGGAAACAGUAUCCUGGACAGCCAUGUUUCGGGCCCUGCAGAGGACAGCGAAGUAGGACCAAUGGGCAGCGAAGGCUUCAUCGAGGUCCUGACGAAGAAGCAGCGGCGGCUGCUGGAGGAAGAACGUAGGAAGAAGGAGCAGGCCACCCAGGUGAGGAGCAGGAGGCCGAAAUGCUGUCGGGGUACCCACGCAGUUCUCAGAAAAUCUGCACAAUGCCUCAGCCAGCCGCUUUCAAUCAACAAAGUGAAGGAAAGGAGCAAGAUGUGGAUCGACUGGCAGUGUAGGUCCCUGGGCAACCCUGGUUUAAAUCUCCACUUGUCCCAUAAGAAACCUGGACCUGUCACAGAAUCUGAGCCUGGCCCAGCUCACACGGUUGUCGAACGCGAAAGAAAAUGGCAGGUGCAACUUUACAAAAAGGGAUUUAAAAGCAGCCAGGGGGACAGCGGCAUUGACUUGAGCGCGGAGUCACGGGAAUCCUCCGCUACCUCUUCCCAGCGCAGCUCUCCGUACGGCACUCUGAAACCCGAAGAAAUGGGCGGAGCUGGCCUCGUGGACCCCAAGUCCGACUGCCAGAAAGAGCAAGUUUCAAAGCAGUCUGAGAAAAAGGAUUCGGACCAAGGCUCGAGUCAGAACAAGGAUCACAAGCCGGGACCCAUCGGCAACGAGCGCUCCUUGAAAAACCGGAAGGGUUCGGAGGGAGCGGAACGCCUGGAAGGCACCAUCCCCCCGGUCAAUGGGGUGGAGAUCCACGUGGAUUCUGUUCUCCCUGUGCCACCCAUUGAGUUUGGAGUAAAUCCUAAAGACUCGGAUUUCAGCCUACCGCCCGGCUCAGCCUCCAGCGCUGCCACCAACCCUGUCACCAAAUUGCAGGAUGCCUUAGCCAGCAACGCUGGGCUCACGCAGUCCAUCCCUAUUCUGCGCAGAGAUCACCUCCCGCGGUGCAUCAGCCUGAACCCCAUGUCUUUCCCUACAGCAGACCUGACUCUUAAAAUGGAGUCGGCACGUAAAGCUUGGGAGAACUCUCCAAGCCUGCCAGAGCAGAGUUCUCCCGUAACUGCCGGUUCUGGGAUUCAGCCUCCUUCCAGUGUUGGGGCUUCCAACGGUGUCAGCUACAGCUCUUUCGGUGGCGUGUCUGUGCCGCCCAUGCCUGUGGCCUCCGUAGCGCCAUCUGCUUCGAUUCCAGGUAGCCACAUCCCACCCCUUUAUUUAGAUGGGCAUGUGUUUGCGAGCCAGCCGCGCCUGGUCCCCCAGACAAUACCUCAGCAGCAGAGUUACCAACAGGCCGCUGCUGCUCAGCAAAUCCCGCUGUCUCUCCACACAUCAUUGCAAGCCCAAGCUCAGCUGGGGCUGAGGGGCGGCCUUCCGGUUUCACAGUCCCAGGAGAUCUACAGCUCCAUCCAGCCCUUCAGGUCUCAGGUCUACAUGCACCCCAGCCUGUCCCAACCCAAUACCAUGGUCCUAGCAGGCGGCACGGCUCUGAAGCCCCCCUAUUCUGCCUUUCCGGGCAUACAGCCCUUGGAGAUGGUGAAAACGCAGUCGGGAUCCCCUUACCAGCCAGUGACUGGAAGCCAGGCACUGGUUUAUGAAGGCCAGAUCAACCAGGCACCUGGGAUGGGAGCUUCACAGAUGAUGGACUCCCAGCUCACACAGCUCACAAUGCCGAUGCCUGGCUCCCAGCUCCCGAUGCCCCGUUACGGUUCUGGUCAGCAGCCCCUGAUUUUGCCGCAGUCCAUCCAGCUUCCCCAGGGCCUAAAAUUCCGGGUUCGCCGUGAGCCUCGGCGAUCACCUCCUCGCUUCGGUUCCCAACCAUCUGUUCUUGCCACAAGCAGGGAGUCCUCCCAUGUGGAAAUGAAAGGAUUCCACUUCACCGACGGUAAACCGAACAUGCCUACUGGAGGAUCCAUUCAGUCACCGCAUGCUUACAGGUCCUUCGCCUGUUCUCUGUAUUCCACUUGUGUAUCUUUUGGUGAACAAAGUAAUCUUGAGCUUGGCAUAAUUCAGCGGCCUAGUUCUGCCAGCCCAAGUGGAAAGCCUGCUGGUCCAGCUGUCAGUAUGACCUCUGUGCAGGGCCAUUACAUCCAACAGACAAAACAGCGAGUGGAUGAAAACAAAGCAAACAUGGGAACCAUGAAACUGCAGGAACCAUCCUCUGCGAGCCAGAUGAAGCCAGUGCGCACUGGAGCCAUCAAGCCUCAAGCGGUCAAAGUGGAGGAGAGUAAGGCCUAGUGGUUCAUGUCCCUCUGGAUGCCCGCCGGCUCAUUCUGCUGGACCGAGAGAGAGGGCUCUGCAGAUACCCCCACGUUCCUCCUUCACUUCUACCGGACGUGCUUGAGAAACUCUCGCCAGAUCCGCAGCUUACCACCAGGAGACCAGCUGCCUGAAGCAACCUUGUCUGAGUCCCUCUCCCAACAAAACAAUUAUUGAACAGUGGAUUUUGACAUUGGCUGCUUGCUUUUUUUUUCAAAAACAAAAAGAGGCUAUCCACCCUUUCCGUGUGACUGUUGAGCGGCUCCAGCCAUUUUCUUUUUUUCCUUGAACCCCUUCUCACAUAGCUGCAUCAGCCUUUUUGGUAAGCUGCAUCUCCCCUAACUUCUGUCUCUGCAGAGUGGGAACAAGAGGGAGGGGAUUGGCCCGGAAAACUUUUUAAAGAGACAACUGAGGGUUUUUAAGCAAAACAGAACGCCGUGUCUUUGCUUUUUAACUGAACUUUUAUAUGUUCUCUCAUAUCCCCCCCCCCCUUUCUUCACUACCCACUGAACUGAUCAUGUAUUCAGAUGUAUUCAUUCUCAAACUUUUAUUUGGGCGGUGAUGUCUUGUGUGCUAAAAAUGAGAUUUCUAGACUUAAAUUGACCUGUCUGGGCUCUGAGGUCUUUAGGUUUCCUUAUUAGUAAAUAGAUCAAAGCAUUGGGGGACUUUUGGCAUGUUUUGUUCUGUUGCAGCUCGAGGCCGAGCUUGCUUUUAAAAGUAAAAUGUGCAGAAGAAGUCGAAUCACAAAAGAUCGCUCUUAAUCUGGGGCCAGUUAUGGGGUGUAUUGGUUUCCCUCUCCCUGUCCCCUUCCGGUGUGCAGCAGUAGCAGAAACAGCGCUGUUUGUGUUUCAAGACACAGCCCCAGAUUUCUCGCGGUAAAGACUUCCCAAAUCGGUUUCAUUGAUGCAGAGUUUAGGCUUGUUUUAUAACUUUCUGAAAUUGCAGGGGGCCUCUGACUUUGGCGAGUGUGGAAUUUGAUAUGACGCUGCCAUCUUUGCAUGUAUCAUCUCAUUGACUAGAGGCGUGAGCGGAAUCACUUUGGUCGUUGAGAACUUUCCCUGCUCCCCGGCCUAGCUUUUGGUCUCUCUGUGUGCUCUCCACCUCUUUGAGCUCCUUAUUCAGUCUUAACUUCCGUUUUAAACGUUUUGGUUCUGUUUUCUCUCACUUUUCACAGCAUUCUCUUUUUCUUUGGGUUUUCUGCUUGUACCAAAGCAAAUCUAUAGAAACCCUUCUGCAUAGUAAACCACAGCAAACAAAAUGCUCAGAGGAAAAAAGAGAAUUCACUGCGGGCAAGACAGCUAAUUUUAUUCUCUUGCUUCCAACCCGCUCUCCUUCUCUGCCCUGUGUCCCCCAGUUUCUGCUGCUGUUGCCUUUUGGAGCGACCAGACGUAGCUUUUAGGCCAUGUUGCAUUUUGGUAAACUGCCAGGUAUUCCAAAGGCAAGAUUAUGGUGGAUCUGGUUUCCCUAUAUGGACUUUGGGUUCAAAAGAUGCCAGAAGUCUUUGAGGCACUUAAGUUGCCUGUCGGAUUUAACUCUAAACCUUUUUGAACACAUCAAAGAGGGGGGGGAAAGACUUUCUCUGAUCACCAGUCGCUUGCUGCCUGUCUCAGCAGCAUUUCAGAAGGUGUCCAGCCUGUAGUUUUGCUGGUAGUUCCAAAGAUGACAUUUUGAACAAAGAAUGUAUAUGCAAAUGGGGGAUCUGAAAGGUCUGGCUCCAAAAAGCAAAUCCUCCUGGAUUUUUUUAAAGAUGUGUUUGAAUUUCUUAAGCUUAGGGUAUAAAUCAUUGUGUUUAUACAAUAGCUUUAGGUUCAGACUAAUAAGCUCUUUUAACUUAGCGAAAGGGAUGUUCAUUCUUCACUUGUGUGUCCCUUUAUAGAAAACCACCAAGGGAUUUCAGAUAGAUGGUACUUAAAAAUAAAUAAAUGAAUGAAUCACUCUUUUGGAGGGAGGGUUAUUUCUCGAGUUUUUGGCUUUUAUGGCAAGAGUUUCUUCCCUUCCUCUAGCAUCUUUUAGUGGCUUGAGGCUUAGAAAUUUGGAGGCCUGAGAUAGAUCCACUGUCCUUACCAAGAUUCCCCUUAACUUGCUUCCACCGGUCCGCAGGCUGUGGCAUUUGCUACCCGGCAGGAUCUCCCCCCUCGCUUUAUGCCUCUGCUAUAAAAUACUGUGAGGAGCUGAAUUUGUUGUGAAACCGCUUUGUUGAAUUCUGCCCCCCCCCCUUUUUUUUCUUCUUCUUUUGCUCAGCUGGUUCCAUGCAAACGUUCAAAUGAGACCACAGUCCUGCUGUUAUUGGCGUAUUCCUUUGCACACCCUUGAUGCAUUUGAAAAGAGAAAAAUGUCUCCCGCUUUUGUAUAUGACUUUUCAAAAGUUCCCUUGCAGUUGGGGUGAGGGAGGGGAAACUGGGUCGAUUGCUAGGUGCAAGAUGUUGCAGAAACUCCUGAUGUAAAUUUAAUCAGUACUUACUAUUGAGGGGGGACAUUGCCCUCUUCCCCCCCCCCCACUCCCCAUGGCUUCCCCUCUUGCCUCCCCAAGAAAAAAAAACAAAUAAAACACUAGAAUUUAUUUAUACGUAUUUGAUGUCGUAGGUCUAGGUGAAAAAGUAAAUGUUUCACUGCUCUAUUUAUAUAUUAUGUCUGAACUUAUUCUGUGCAGGAAAGGCCAAGAAAUAACUCAUACUUUUCAUUGACUUUCCCCCCUUCGAUUUGCAUGACUGCUGGCGACAGUUUUAUGAGACUUGUUUUCAGCACCAAAAGCUGUUCCUAGAGCCCUUAAAAAGAAAAGAAAAAGACGCAGUCCCUCUUUCGCAAGCCAAUUUCUUUAUCUUUUUUUUUGUUUUCUCAACUCUUGUAGCAUCUUUAUAGUAACGGGUGAAAAAUUCCAAAGAAGCUUAGAAAUCAUCGCCCUUCCUCUGGAGCAGAAGAGUAAUGGUCUUUUGAGGAGAAGCGCCCAUUUUGAAUGGGUGGAUUGGCAACCACAAAAAUGUCAUUGUGGAGUGGGGUGGUCCCUCUUACUUCCUUCUACGGGUUAUGGUGGCGUGCUCUGCCAAGCAUAUGCCUUGGCCAACUCAUCUUCUUGGCGAGGUGAAUUUGCAGGGGGGUCAUAAGUGGCUCCUCUGUACGUGGCUAACGAAAUGCAAGGUGCAGCUUGAGCCUUUUCUCUGGGUCCGUGGAAGACCAUCUGCACCCCGUGUCCAUCAGCAUGUCACUGGAACCAACUCUUGUGUGUCUGUUCCUUACCGCUGGGAGGUUGUCUUCUCAGAACCAGCAUUCCAGAUGUUAAUGAAGCUGAUGCAGGGGAAAGAGGUAGCAGAAUUCACGGCCUCUGUGGCCUAAGGGCAGUUGCUUUCAGCGGCGGAUGCUGCGCACUGUAACCAGCCAGCUUAGCUGAAGGUGACCAUGAUUCACCCAUCCGCCUCCACUGUCGAUUUCCUUUCUCUGGGCUCUUUCUUGCUUUGUAGCGCCUUAUUGCCAAGGUUGGUGAGGAACAGAGCAAAGGGAACACAGCACAGAUGUUUAAGGAAUGAAUCUCCCGUGACUGGAGCCCACCUCUGACCUUUGAAGGCUAUGGCCAGAGAGACAAUCUUCUGGCCAGUAAAACUCAUCCGCCACAGACACAUAAUCUCGCAGAGAGUUCUAAUCACUGGCAAAAAACGCCUCUUUAAAAAAAAGAAUUUCUGCAAGGGUGCUCCAAACUGCUCCGUAGCUUGCUAGAACUGGAAGAACGGCUACAGGGUCUCCCGGUUCUGUGGGGAAUUGUAUUUGAUGCAAGGACCACUGAAGAGUGCCAUUUUGUGUUUUGAGUUGUUUUUUUGCCGCUGAGUUUUUAAUCCGUUUCAGUAUCGUGGGAGGGUCUGGUUUCUAGGAAUGAAAGCUUGCUUUAAAACAACAACACCAUCUCGGAUCGCAUAAAUAAUCGCUGUUUUUUAAAAAAAUAGCUGUGGUCUGCUAGAAGAUCAGAAGCGAGCAGACAAUCUGGAAGCGUGAAACCAAGCUGGCUUGAGAGAGAGCUAGAUCUUCGGGCCCAGCUACUCCUUUUGAUCUUUCAGGUCAAUCCUGAUAUCCACAGUGUAGCCCCCCUAAUUUGUCUGGUCCAGUGUUUUUUCUGAAAGUUGUGACCACCUAACUGGUCGGUGGGACUUGCAGCAGCAGCAGCAGUGUGGCACUCCCUGUGGCAUGUCAAGGCAUCCUUAGCAGCGAAGUUUUUUCUCUUGUUCUGUAUAAAUUGCAAUUGUUGAUUCUAAAGAGGAUAUUGUACUUCUUUUUAACCUCGUGACCUGUACAGUAAAACACUAUUUUUUUUUUUUGGCCUUUCCUCUGUUUGUCUUUUCAUGUAGACCAGGUGUUUGAAAGAGCCGAUGAUGACUAAGUAUGUUAACAUACAACAUGUUUAUAACUUUCUGGGAAACCUUAAACUGCAGAAUGGACCUUGAAUUACCAGGCCCGUGGUGGCAACACUCUUUCGUCCUCCUCCUUUUCUUGUUUUCGGUCUCUUACUGUUUUUCCUUUCAGAUAUGUGAUUGUAUUAGCUCUUUCCAUAUGAAAGAAUUCUCCUUAUUUAAAUAAAAAAUUAAAAUCA